AUGCUCCUACUGAUUGUCUUGAGCAGUGCCAUUGCCUACUCAUAUGUUGGUAGUAUCAAGAUAGGCCAACCUCAGAGCCUUGAUGGUCUUCCUAGAAACGAUGUGGCCGUGGUGAAGUACCGUCUACGUCGGGUAUCGUUCUUGUGCCUUGCCAUAUUGAUCUCAUUACCUGUGCUAGUUACCUAUGGACUAGACUACUAUGACGACAUCCCACGAGCGAUUCGUCAAUUGGGGCUUAUUCCGGGAUACACAAACACUUAUAGCAUAACACAAGACAUGGCCAAUAUACUUUUGUGUUUCGCUAAGAUGUCUAUUCUCUACUGUGGACCGCUAGCGAGCUACUUUAUAACGUCGCCUGCAGUGGGCGACGACUUGGUGGAGAACUUUGCUUCUCUCUGGGGAUUCAGGGAUCAUGUCUUUGCUCCUGUGACCGAGGAAUUGGUCUAUAGAGCCUCGAUCAUAUGUCUAUUACAACCCGUGGUGAACAGUUCCUGGGCAUUGACUGUCUAUACGCCAUUGCUUUUUGGAAUCGCUCAUCUUCAUCAUGGUUAUGAGUUAUUCAAACAAGGUACUGCUAUCUCUACAGUGGUCGCUACUGCUCUGUUCCAGUUAUUGUAUACUACCUUGUUCGGUAUCCUUGCAAAUCGCAUCUACAUUUCGUCUGGCGAGAACCUAUGGUGUGCCAUUGUGAUGCACAGUGCUUGCAACUUGGGCGGAUUCCCAUCCUUCGAAGUGAAGGAGACACAUCCUAGGUUCUUCUACGUGUAUUGCAUCAUGCUAGUAUUUGGGCUCACUGCCUUCUUGCGGCUCAUAUAA